UCCCGCACGUGAGGUGAUGAGAGGUGGUCCAAGCGUCCUCCCACUAUGCACAAUCGAAUUUUUGGCUUGGCAUUGAGUCAAAGGGCGAAGCGACAACCACAAGCGCGACCCAGGAAGUUUCGACAGCCCAACUGCGCCUGCGCCUUCAAGUUUAACCAAGCCUCUCGUCCCGUCGUCCAAAGACAUUCCCCUACGAUUCACGAGAGAGAGUCGAAAGAAUCGCCACCAUGACUUCCCGAUUCUUUGCCGCCAGCGACAGCGACAGCUCCAGCGAGGAGUCCUCUGAGGAGGAGCUCUACUCGGACAAGGAAGAGUCCCAAGAUGAAGACUCUGAUGACAUGUCCGAUGACGAUGACUCGGACGAAGACUCCUCGUCCGACGAAGAAGGUGGUGGCGCCAACCGUUUCUUGAGGGAUGCCGAGAGUGAAAGCGAGAGCGACGAAGAUGAUGGAGCGAAGGUUCUCAAGAGCGCAAAGGACAAGCGAUUCGAGGAGCUUGAGGGCACAAUAAGGUUGAUCGAGAACGCGGAGAAGAUUAAUGAUUGGGCUGUUAUCCAGGACCAAUUCGACAAGUUGAACCGCCAGGUCAUCAACCUAACCAAGCAAAACGAUGGCAAGACGCCCAAACUAUACAUCCAAGCCAUUGCCGACCUCGAGACCUUCGUCACCGAGACGCUCGAGAAACAGAAGGUCACCCCCAAGAAGAUGAACGCCAUCAACCAAAAGGGUCUCAACGCCGUCCGCCAGCGCAUCAAGAAGAACAACAAGGACUACGCUAAGGACAUCGAGGCUUAUCGGGAGAACAAGGACGAUUUCAUGCGUGAGGAAGAAGUUGCCGAAGCUCCCGUCGCAAAGAAAAAGAAGAAGGUCGACCCUAUUGUUUCCAGCGGUAUUGCCGAGGCCGAUGAUGAUGGUUUCACUGUGGUUGGUGCCGGCGGACGUGCUGUUCUCUUCACCCCCGAAAGCAUCCUGAAGCACAUCCGGUCUAUCGUCGAGCAGCGCGGAAGGAAGAACACAGAUCGGAUGGAGCAGAUCCGUACCCUGGAGAAGCUCCUUGAUGUUGCCGUGUCCGAUUACCAGAGGAUUCGCGUGCUUCUCACACUCAUCUCCACCAGAUUCGAUCUGACUUCAGGCACCGGUAACCAGAUGGUUCAAGAGCAGUGGAAAUUGGCACAACAGGAAUACAUCCAGCUCCUUAACACCCUUGAGACAUCCAGGGAAAUCGUCGUGGUGGAGAACGCCGAAGAGUGGGAGGACGACGACAAGCCUCCAACCAUCACACCUGGCGAGGUCUUCAAGAUCCCAGGUAGCACGGUGUCUUUCGUGGAGAGGCUUGACGACGAGCUCACCCGAUCACUCCAACACAUCGAUCCCCACACUUCAGAAUAUAUUGAGCGUUUGACAGAUGAGACCCAGCUAUAUGCUGCGCUGGUCCGAACAUUAGUGUAUGUCGAGGGGUUGAAGAAGCAGGAGGGUCUGGGCCUUCCUCAAGACUCACUCAACCGCGUGGUUAUGAGACGACUAGAGCAUGUCUACUUCAAACCUUCUCAAGUCGUUACUAUUCUUGAAAACAAUACAUGGAAAGCCAUCGACUCCGGGCUCGACUCAGAAAUCACCCCACGCUCCAUCUCCAACGACACCGCCUCGCUUGUUCAGACACUUUGCACAUACUUGUUUCAACACAGUGACGGUAUCAUUCGGGCGAGAGCAAUGCUGUGCCAAAUCUACUUCCUGGCUCUCCACGAUGAAUACUACAAAGCUCGCGAUAUGAUGCUCAUGUCGCAUCUUCAGGAAACCAUCAGCAACUUUGAUGUCAAUACCCAAAUCCUGUUCAACCGCGCUUUGGUACAAGUUGGUCUCUGUGCAUUCCGAGCUGGUCUUGUAUACGAAGCCCAGACCUCACUACAAGAAAUCUGCGGCAGCAACCGACAAAAGGAGCUACUUGCACAAGGUCUCCAGAUGCAGCGUUACUCACAAAUCUCGCCCGAGCAGGAGCGUCUCGAGCGCCAACGACAGCUGCCAUUCCACAUGCACAUCAACCUUGAGCUGCUCGAGUGUGUUUACCUCACAUGCUCCAUGCUUCUCGAGAUUCCUCUCCUCGCACAGAUCGGCUCGUCGCCAGAUAUCCGGAAACGUGUCAUCAGCAAGACAUACCGCCGUCUCUUAGAAUACCAUGAGCGACAAAUCUUCACUGGCCCGCCAGAGAACACUCGUGAUCACGUCAUGCAGGCAUCCAAAGCUCUCUCUGCGGGUGAAUGGAAGAAGGCAGCAGAGUUCAUCAACUCGAUCAAGAUCUGGGAGCUUAUUGCUAACACCGACAAAAUCCAGGAGAUGCUCUCGGCACAGAUUCAAGAAGAAGGACUCCGCACAUACCUCUUCACAUACGCACCCUUCUACGACACACUGGCUAUCUCUACGUUGGCCGGUAUGUUCGACCUCUCGGAGCGCAAGGUGUCUGCCAUCGUAUCCAAGAUGAUCUCCCACGAGGAGCUCGGCGCGGCGCUCGACCAGGUCAACUCGGCCAUCAUCUUCAGGAAGGGCGUGGAACUCAGUCGUCUACAGACGCUAUCGCUGAGCCUGGCUGAUAAGGCCAGCGGACUCAUCGAGGCCAACGAGAAGACGCUCGAGCAACGCACACAAGGUACCGCCCACGCAUUUGAGCGACAGCAAGGUGGUCGCGGUGGACGAGGUGGCCGUGGAGGAAGGGGCCGUGGAGGCGGUAUGGGACGCGGUGGUGGUGGUGGAAGGAAUCAACAGUUCACGGGUGGUGCAUUGGGUAGGGCUAUUCAGGCAUAGAUAGAGAGAGUGCGUGUGUACGUGUUUGCACGACAAAGACUCAUGCUUACUUGAUAUGAUAACCACGAGAGGCCCCGGUUUUUGGCUGCUUUUUUUCUUCUCACUUAAAGGAUAAAAGAAAUGUUUCCCUGUUCUACGAGUGCUUCUUCACUUGCUGCCCACUGUGACGUGUGAACUCCGCGAUCUCUCUGAGUUGGAGGAUAUGUAUACCCACCAACCCUGGCAAUUGGCUUUGCUGUUGUGUCCAUGUCUACCACUCACCUCUUGACAUCGAAUUGCUGCCGCUCCACAAAGAUGACAAAGAACCGUGCCACACCCUAUCGACGAGUUUCCUCUCCUGAAUCCUCUCAAGUUUUCGAAACCCAUACUUUGUGCAUCUUAUUUUAUAUGUACGUUUUUUUUUUCUUUCGGGACAAUCCUGUCUACGUAUUGGUCGUUGAUGCCAUACAUAAGCUUGUCUACAACUUCUACUUUCUACCCAUUAUUGUUAUUGUUAUUGAACCACAGACAGGCAGGCAGGCAGGCAGGACCCUCGUAGU